ACCCCACAACAACUCCGUUUUAUCAUCUAUAUGCUACUUAUCUGCAUUAUUAUAUAUAUAUAUAUAUAUAUAUAUAUAUGUGUGUGUGUGUGUGUGUGUGUGUGUGCAACUGACUUUUACGGGCCUUUGCUUUCGUCAAUUAAUUUGAUUUGAUCAUUAAUUACUUAAUUCGGUCGGAGUAAUUGGAGAUCACGUUGCAAGUAGUAUGUCUGAGUGAAUGGACGUGUAGUAUUUCAUUCACACUUCAUAUUAGAUUUAGUCAUUUUAGUUUAGAAAUUGCGCUGGUCUAGUUAAUAACUUUUUUUUCCCUGAGGAAGGGACGAUUUAAUAAUUUCCAUAGUUCGUAUCGGUGGGACAGUUUAGUGCUUGAUAUUUACCUACGACACAAGUUACCACUAAAUUAAGGUUUUGAAAAACCCAGAAAACAAAACCAAAAAAAAAAAAAAAAAAAAGAAAAAAAGAAAAGGAACCCGAAAAAACCCUCUAGAUAUAAAAAAAGGGGGGGGGGGGGGAAUUGAAUAUUUUGGGAAAUUAAUACACGUAAUUUUUUAUUGGCAAGAUGUUUCAAUCAACGUUUACUACAGAGGUGUUAAUUUAAUCCUAUAGGAAUUUUGAUAAAUUAGUUCUGAGGACCAAUCGAAAACCUAUUGAUCACUUUCAGUUCAGUUUCUUUUUUGUAAUCUGCAUAAAUAUAUAUGAAUUUGAAUAACAAAAAGCGACGUUUACCUAGGCCUCUACAUACAUACUCCUGUUUGCAAAUGGAGCUCAAAAUCUGUUAUUUAAUCAACGCCGAUUUCUUAACACCAACAUUUGUAAAGAUUUCAGCGAUACUGACACUAACGCAGGGAAUCUCCUCAUUGUUGUAUAUUUAAUCUCAACAUUUGACAAAUAUUGACGACAAAUAUGACGUCAACUGUAAACAGUCAGCCCCGCGGUUUGGAAACACCCAUAAUACAUGUACCUACGUACACGAUCGGCGUUGACAUUUUGCUACUCCUUCGAUUGAUAUAGAUUAGUUUAAGAUACUGUACAUCUACUUUUAUGUAAGUGAAAAAAUGAUGAUAACACAGGGCUAGACGUCAGUAUGUGCAGUAAUGCUGUAAUAUAGAAUCAAACACAAUUUCAAUGAUAUUUUAAUCAAUGAUGUAUUUUAAAGAUUUGGUACAAAUGAAUGUAAGAAGAACAUUUUACAAAAAUAUUUACAACUUGAAAUACUUAAUAAUAAAACCCCUCUCGUAGUCCUACAUGUAUUUUCUGACAAACAUGUAAGAUGAACAUGAACAUCUGUUUUAAUCAAUCAAUCAUUGAUUACAAAACUACACCCUCCCUACCCCCGUCGCGAGCGGUGUGAUUUUCAUGUACAUGUAUUCCAAACAGGAGUUUUCUAGUGCUCAGAAGCUAGGUGAACUGUUGUGUUUGAAAGCUACCAUAAUUCACCGUCUUGAUUUCAGCGCCAGGUACAUCUACCUGGCAUUAACAGACGUGGAAUUUUAUAAAUGACAAGUGAUAUAGGGGGGUGUUUGCUGAUAUCAAAGUAAACACCGCGGCGACUUUGAUGUGCUGCCGUUUGUCCCUAAGAGUAGUCUUUUGUGCAUAAACAACGAUUCUAGCCAUUAGUAACCCCAAAUCAAUAUCGUGAAAAACUUAUUAAAACAUCAUCGGUCACCAGCUUGACCGAUAUCAUCACACCGAGCUCCGAAUGUUUCAAUGACGCUUCAAGCACCAAGUUUAUAAGUUACAGAUACUUGAGAUUUUCAUUUCUUUCCAUUUAUGCCACAUUUUCUUCCAGUUACAUGCCAAAUCCAGAUUUGGACUCUGUAAGCAGCAGCACUCGAAAUCUGGUGUUAAGUUCGUGAGAAUUAUUAAGGAGAUGAUUGAAUAGUGGAGAACUCUAGAGAAACAAAGAGAAAACACAGAUAAAAUCCGCAAUAGUCCUGUCGAGAAUUAUUUCGUUCACAUACCCUUUGUAGUGGCACUAUACAAAAUAUAAUUUCAUCAAGUUCUGACCUUUCGUUCAAGGUGGAACGGCAAUAAGGAAUCGCAGUGUUUAGUAAUAGAUUAUAUUGGAAAAAGCUUAGAAAACCAAGGCUACAAAUUGAUAACCCGAAGUGCAGGGAUCGUAAUAUAAAUCUUAUAUGUUUUUCUUAUAGUCUUUGGGGUCAUGUUAAGAUCACAUGAGAUGUUCCAAUUAUAGUUCAUAGGAUUAGAAAGGGAUCGCAUUAUAUGUUCCAAUAAUAGUUCGUAGGAUUAGAAAGGGAUCGCAUUAUAUGUUCCAAUUAUAGUUCAUAGGAUUAGAAAGGGAUCGCAUUAUAUGUUCCAUGUAUAGUUCAUAGGAUUAGAAAGGGAUCGCAUUAUAUGUUCCAAUAAUAGUUCACAGGAUUAGAAAGGGAUCGCAUUAUAUGUUCCAAUUAUAGUUCAUAGGAUUAGAAAGGGAUCGCAUUAUAUGUUCCAUGUAUAGUUCAUAGGAUUAGAAAGGAAUCGCAUUAUAUGUUCCAAUUAUAGUUCAUAGGAUUAGAAAGGGAUCGCAUUAUAUGUUCCAAUUAUAGUUCAUAGGAUUGAAAAGGUAUCGCAUUAGAUGCACUAAUCAUAUUCCCCGAGGUCAUGGUGGGAUAGCAUUAUGUCCUAACAUUGUACUUGGGGUCAUAGUGGGAUCGCAUUAUGUCCUAAUAUUGUUCUUCAGGUAAUUGUGGAAUCGCAUUAUGUCCUAACAUUGUACUUGGGGUCAUGGUGGGAUCGCAUUGUGUCCUAACAUUGUUCUUGGGGGUAAUGGUGGGAUCGCAUUAUGUCAUAACAUUAUAUUUGGGGUAAUGGUGGGAUCGCAUUAUGUCCAAAUAUAUAUCUUGGGGUCAUGGUGAGAUCGCAUUAUGUCCUAACAUUGUACUUGGGGUAAUGGUGGGAUCGCAUUAUGUCCUAAUAUAGUCCUUGGGGUCAUGGUGGGAUCGCAUUAUGUCCUAACAUUGUACUUGGGGUCAUGGUGGGAUCGCAUUAUGUCCUAACAUUGUUCUUGAGGUCAUGGUGGGAUCGCAUUAUGUCCUACCAUUGUACUUGGGGUCAUGGUGGGAUCGCAUUGUGUCCUAAUAUUGUUCUUGGGGUAAUGGUGGGAUCGCAUUAUGUCAUAACAUUAUAUUUGGGGUAAUGGUGGGAUCGCAUUAUGUCCUAACAUAGUCCUUGGGGUCAUGGUGGGAUCGCAUUAUGUCCUACAUUGUUCUUGGGGAAAUGGGAGGAUUGCAUUAUGUCAUAACAUUGUGUUUUGGGUCAUGGUGGGAUCGGAUUAUGUUCUAAUAUAGUCCUUGGGGAUAAUGGUGGGAUCGCAUUAGAUGAUCUAAUUAUAUUCAUAGCAUCAUGGUGAUAUCACAUUACACGGUCGCAGGGGUCAGGGUUGAAACUCACUAGCUGCGAAAGUUUUGGAAUAUAUUUGAAUAAAAACAGCUUUCGAACAAGACUGUAAUUUGUAGUGUAGAUUGUAUUUUGUCCAAUUAUAAAUCAGUCUCGGCGAUUGUAAUUGUAAAGAUCCAUUUUUCACUAAAAACAGGAUGAUUUUUUUUGGAGCCUCUAUUUAUUGUUACGGUAAUUGCCAAGGUGGCGGGGUCACGUGUCCGUUCGUCACUGAAUAAUAUACUGUGUAUGUUAGAGAAGUACAAAGGCUUUGAAAAAUAUGUGGCCGCUGCAGGCACUUUGAUUUGUCAUCUUUUACAAAUUCUUAUUAUGGUCAAUGACGUUCAUAAAAUAAUGAUGCGUAAAGGACUUUGAAUAAAAAUACUCCAAAAACGUCUUUCAGCGGUGAUGUCGAAGAUCAAAUGUACUAGCGGGUCUAAUAUAAUAUUCUUGGAGUACCACACAUUGAUCAGCUGACAGCCGAAUACAAUUCCAAGAACUUGUUUAUUCAAUAUACAAAGUGUUAACUUGAGGACAUACCAUUGUAGGAAGUCCGAAAGAGCACAACUCUGCAAAGCGCGUUGAUAGAACAGAUGCAAAUAUCAUAAAUCCUCAGCAUUGUCAUUUACGAUACUGUGGUUAUAUACUCAGUGAUUUGUUACAAGUAUUUAAAAAAAAACCACAGAAAAGAGCCAAGCCAGUGAUGAACAUAUAUAUUGUGUUUUAUGAAAUUAGCCUGAUUGUUUGUGUUCAUAGAUACAAUUUCAACAAUAAAAAAUAUUUUCAUAUAAUACACAAUAAGCUUUAUCUUUGGAAGUAGACGAAUAUAAAACGUGCGAUCGAUAGAACAUGAUGCGAAGUGAUUUUUCGGAGUAAUUCCAUAUUAUCUACACGCUUUAAGCGGAUUGUGUUGGACUUUGCGUAUCCCAUCCCAUGCUCUCGUAUAACAUGCUAAAUUUUAUGUCUGGAGAGGAAUUUAUUGAAAUCACCAAAGGAUUGAAAAUUGUAAAUCUGGUUGGUUUCGUAAAGAAGAUUACAUGUUCCGCUUUAAAUGAGUUUUACGCUACAAAAAGUUGAAAUGUUACAAAUGGCAAUGAAAUGAAGCAUUGGGUUUGCUGCCAAAGUUAAGAUAUAAUAAUAGGAUCUGUACGGUUUAUUUUACUUAAGCCACUAACAGCAGAAGAUGUACGUGAUCGAUGUUUAACACUAUACAGCACGUGUAUGUCACUCAAUUGCUGUGAAAUAACUAUGACGCUGCUUUUCUCACCAUAUAUUAAACUCUUAGAGAAUGUAGCGUUACAUGUAGUUUGGGCUUUCAAGAUGGCGCAUGCAUAAUCACGUGAUCCAGCAAUCAGUAGACUACAACAUGUAUUCUUAAUAUGGUAGGUGGUAAGUCACGCUGUAUUAUAACUACUAAGACACCAGAAUCUUUGAAUGGUACGUACAGUUUUGAUUAGUAGGACAGCUAUAGAGAGAUGCCAUGGUUUAGGGUAAAUUACACACUAGAGAUGGCGGUGGUUGGCACGUACAUUUAGUAGUGACUAGUAUACGGUGGUAGGAUAGAAUAUGGAGCGUGUCGCAAUCAGACACCAUUCUUAGGGCUCUAUACAUUUAGACGAGGAACUGCUGCAGGUUUUGGUUAGAUUUAGAUGUGGGAGCUGGUAGACAAGCACUGAGUUUUUUCCAGUAAUUUUCUGGAGAUUCCCAGCAUCCCACAAGUGAUAUCAGAGAGACCAAGGACAGAAAUGUAAACUGCAAUCGGUGCAUCGAGGUGGAGGUUCAAAUCAACUCUGCAUAAAAAAUAAGUAUCUUUUCUUUCUAGUAUUCAUAUUGACACAUUGUUUACUGCAUUCUCUCACUUUUAUGUUCGACAUUGUGUGUCUGAAAUGAUCAGUUGAUUCUUGAAUCAUAUUCAAGUAAUUACUAAAUACGUUGAUUAAACUGCAUGUCCCUAGUGAAUAUUCUUAUUCACACACGCAAGUGCAUCGAGUAUGUUUUCCAGGAACAAUGAUGAUAUAGUUUCAUAGAUUGAUCUUUUCUAUGAACUUAACAGUCAUAAGAAAUAAAAAUCUCGAGUUUACGUUCACACGUCUUCAACACCCUUGGAAUGAAUUGGGUUCCAUCUAUUGGUUGUCGUACUGUCAGAUAUUAUCCGGCCGAUUUGAUACGGAAAUGUCUUUUACGCCAUGCAGAUUUGAAGGGCUAUUUGCUUCCAGAAAAGGAUCUAUAAGCUGACAUUGUCAGUAAUUAGGAUGGAUGAUCUCAUUACGUAUAUAAACCGUAUGCAUUUACUUUACAAGAAUCUUGAAUCACAAAAAUCUGAAAAUAGAUAGAUAAAAUAAUUACACCACAGAAGCGCUAUUGAUCCAUCCCUGUUGUCCUCUGUGUAUAUCCGGCAUUUUACUUUGAAUAAAUACCCGGAUAAUCUUCAGCAUUCAUCAAUUAUUGGCAAUAGGAAAUAAGAGAUUUGUAAAUAAAGAUGUCCGUAUCAGUGGAGAGCGAUUGUUGAGAUCGUAUAAACCUUUCAUAGUCCAUUUUAUUGGUCGUUAAGAGUCUUGACACUCUUCUGUGAUUUAGCCAGGCGGAGCCACAAACUGUAACCUUGAUGCUUAUUUUCGUCUACUUUUUUCUCUAAUUUCAAAAUGGGGUGUACCAUGAGCUGCCAAGGCCAAGUCCAAAAACUGAUAGACGCUGAGAACCCAGCCUGUCCGUUUGCCCUUAAAUAUGAGAAGGGCAAUUCUGUGGAACACGGGGAUGGGGUUGUUUCUGCGGCGGCAUGUGAGGAAAACAAUAAGCUACUGACAGAAAACUCCAGGAACAAGUUCUCCAAGGAAGAUGAAAAAGAAAACUGUGAUAUCAAAACAGAACAAAACGCUACGGAUGUCGUGAAACUUUGCCCCAGCGGGAAUGCUGGGACUUCCGGGACUUGUGAAUCCCCCAGAAGGAAGACCAGCACCCUCUCCACUGUGUCAACGACUAGUUCUGUGGGGUCGGAGGACAAUGAACUGUCCGAAAAGAAAGUGGAUCUGAUAGGCCUGAUAGAGAGUGUAGGGACGCUUCUUCUACCCACGACUGGGUUCGUUUGUCGAGCUGUUCAGAUACAGAUGGCCUCUUGUAACCACGAUGUCCACAACAAAAUCAAUGAAGAGACACAUGAAAAUGACGCCAAGUUCAGCACGGUUUUCAACGAGGAGAACCGACACACACCACUGGACCAGGACGAACUCUUAAAGUUCUCCUCCCACGUGGCAAAGUUUACGGAUAAACAGGACCAACAAGCGAGUCUUUGCCGACUUGGAGAGGAGUAUGCCAGACUUUGUCUGGGAGAGUAUCGUAGAUCGCUAAGUGUCCUGGGUAGCAAUAUGGUGGAGUUCUUCAGUAAUCUGGAUGGAUUUCAUGACCACAUUCUCAAGUCUUCCAAAUUUAAUGCACAACGACCGCCAUCCUUUCGGUGUGAAAGUAGUCCCAACCAUGUGGCUUUACAUAUAUACACCGAGAGGUCACGAAUGUUAGAUUACUACGCGGGUAUCGUUAAACAUGUAUCGAAUUCAAUGUUUAACUUGGAUGUUCAAAUCACUGUCCACCCAAAUGAAACGAACACAUCACUACACCAUAUCCUUAAAGUACAGACCGCUGUCAAAACAUGCUCCAAAGAGUGCACGUGCUGUAAAAUAUGUUCACAUCAGUCGGCUUAUUCCGAAAAGCCAGAAGACCUACAGAUUGGUUUUGACACUUUCUGUGAAACAUUCCCUUUUCAUCUGAUUAUGAACAGAAAUCUUGAAAUAAGUCAACUAGGGACAGCGUUAAUGAAGAUUGUUCGUUCUGACGAGGAUUCCAGGGAGCUAAACUUCAGCAAAUACUUUAACGUCAUCCGACCAGAGAUCAAACAUCUGACGUUUUCCGCAUUGUUAUCACGUGUCAACUUUGCCUUUCUGCUGGAGACCAAAGUGCGGUCUAUUGAAAAUCCAUCUUCUCAUGAGGGUACAAUGCUAAAGGGACAACUGAUAUUUCUACCAGAAUCAGAUUCCUUAAUGUUCCUAGGAUCACCAAGUAUAGAAAAGCUAGACGAACUCAUCUCAAAGGGUCUAUAUAUAUCGGAUGUUCCCAUUCAUGACGCAACUCGUGACGUCAUUCUCGUUGGAGAACAGACCAAAGCUCAGGAUGGAUUGACAAAACGAAUGGAACAGAUUAAGAGGAGCAUAUUGGAAGGAAGUGAAGCAGUAAAAAUUGAGAAACACAAGAAUGUAGAAUUGUUAAACAUGAUCUUCCCAGAAGCCAUCGCUAUGAAACUUUGGAAAGGAGAAACAAUACAGCCGACCAAAGUUGAUGACGUCACAAUGUUGUUUAGUGAUUUAGUGGGGUUUACCGCCAUCUGUGCUUCCCUUACUCCAAUGAUGGUGGUCAACAUGCUGAACUCUUUAUACACCCAAUUUGACCAUUAUUGCGGCAUGCUUGAUGUGUACAAGGUGGAAACUAUUGGGGAUGCCUACUGCGUUGCAGGCGGACUACACCGGAAGUCGAAAUAUCAUGCGCAGCAGAUUGCUUGGAUGGCUUUGAAAAUGAUGGAAACGGCAAAAAAUGAAAUGUCCCAUGAUGGGAAUGUUAUAAAGAUGAGGAUCGGAAUCCAUACUGGAUCUGUCUUGGCCGGAGUAGUGGGUGCACGCAUGCCUAGAUAUUGUCUGUUUGGUAACAACGUGAACCUCGCAAACAAGUUUGAAUCUGGAAGUGAACCAACAAAGAUCAAUAUUAGUCCGACGUCAUACAGAUGCUUACAAGCGACAGAUGGAUUCAAAUUUACUCCAAGAACAAGAGAGGACCUACCAUCUGGUUUUCCGUCAGAAAUAGAAGAUGUGUGUUAUUUUCUGGAUGGCUACGAACACCCAGACUUCGCAGGAUGUGACGACACGGAACUUGAUCACAUUGGCAUUGCGUUACAGGAACUAACAACGUCAAAGGAAGUGACGUAGUAGAGACAAACUUUAAUCAGAAGUUGGUUAUAUUAUAUGCCGUCCGUUUAAAUUUCUGUAUACCAUAAAAACUGUUUAGUGUUUAUAGUCUAAAUAACACUACAUUUUAUUGUAGAUUGUACAUUUCACUGUUUAAUUUAACAUGUUGACUUCUACUCAAGGUAUCAGUGUGGUUUGAUUUAAAUGUUUGUAAUAUAUAUGUAAAUUUUUUUCGUAUUUUGUAACGUUCUCACAAUAACAACUAUUAAAUAAAAA